UUCCUUCCAUUUUUUAGCUGCUGACUUGCCGGAAAAGCUGGCACCUUUUGUAUAUUAACCCUAAUUUUAAAAAAAGGGCCUCCAGCAACACCAUUGCCACCGUGAAACGCCGCCGCAUAGUGGCUGAGAAUCCUAGUGCAACCACAAAUUAAAUCAUGGCUAAGCCAAGUUUCGUCCCAGUUGUGUUUGCAUUUCUGUUUCUUUCAUCACAGACCUUUUGCACUGCUCAUGAUGAUAAUGAAGUUGAUGAUGAGUCAAAAUUCACUUACCUGUUGGGAACUAACGAAGGACCAGAGAAUUGGGGUAACCUUAAACCAGAAUGGAAACUAUGUACUACUGGCAAAUUUCAGUCUCCGGUUAAUAUCCGUAACAAAACUGUGACGGUUACCACUGCUCUCCAACAUUUGAAACCAAAAUAUAAAAUCGCACCUGCUAUUAUUAUUAACAGAGGUCAUGAUAUCAAGUUGCAGUGGGAAGGAGAUGCAGGGUAUAUCAAUAUUGAUGGUACUGAGUAUAAAUUACAGCAAUGUCACUGGCAUACUCCUUCUGAGCACAAACUUAAUAACAAAUGCUUUGCAAUGGAGGCCCACAUGGUUCAUCAGAGUGGUGAUGGGAAAAUAGCUGUGGUUGCAAUACCUUUCAAAAUUGGAAGCCCUAACCCUUUCUUUGAGGAGUUAAUGCAUCACAUUGAGACAGUUGAUGAUAAGGGUCUGAAGUUGGGACUGAUACAUCCUCAACAACUUGGGGUCGGCGAUGAACCUUUCUAUCGAUAUAUUGGUUCACUCACAGUUCCUCCUUGCACUGAGGGUAUCACUUGGAAUGUACUCCACAAGGCGAGGACUGUUUCUAUGGAACAAUUGAUGGCAUAUAGAAGUGCUGUUCAUGAUGGAUUUGAGGCAAAUGCAAGACCAGUUCAGAGCUUACAUAAAAGACCAGUGUAUCUAGCUAUAUAAGUCCAAGAACGAAUGACGCCAGCUUCAGAUUAGAUUGUACUUAAACAUGUGAAUAUGGAAACAAGAACAAUGUUUCUUCAUUGCAAUGUAAAAACUCUGUGGUGGUCAAGUGUUGGAAAUGACCUUUUGGAAGGAGAUAUUUGGAACCCAAAAAAUCAUAGUUGAGGUCCACAUAAAGGAAAUAUACACUAGUCUUCACUUUCUUUUCA